GUAUUAGAUGAUGUCAGACGCUACCUCAGGAAAUGAAGAAAUCAGUCUUGUUCUGAUAAAAUUAAUUCUAGUAUAUGAUUCUGUUUUUUUUGAAACUCUGAACUAGGAGAUAAACAAAUGAUGAAGUAUUUUUUUCAUUAUUUCUUUUAACAAUCUUCUGAACCUUAUUCUUGAAUUAAAUUUUUAUGCCUUUCAUGACAUUAAGAUCCUCAAUUUUUCUGUGGACCCAUGAUAUCGAAUUUGACUAAUUAUUGGUGGUUAAUCCAGUAGAUAAAACAACUUCCACUUUAUUAUUCUGGAGGAUUCUGAAUUAGCUGCAAUGUUAUUUGUACAGACUGAUACUUGUAGCUGCCCAUCUUUGUUAUCAUGGAUGUAGUUGAGACAAGCAUUAUGAACAUCAAGCUAGGAUCACCAGUCACCCGUUCGAGAGAAAAAUUGCUGAUUCCUGAAUAAUUAUAGUGAUAAAUAUUGCACUUUUCUGGUACAAGUGCCAUGUAUCAGUUGGUGAGAUGUGAUUCUUUUUCUUUGUAUAUUCUGUCUGCAAAAUGCGUUCUUGUUUUGCUUAUGCUUAUUUGUUCUAUAUCCAUUGGUUAAGAACUUAAUAUGAGGUAGUUCAGUUGCAUCUAUUUUCACAAAAUUCUGGUGAAGAUGGCAGCAUGUCAAGAUAAGUGAAGAUCUUGGGGCAUGUUAAACUAGUAAUAUAUGGGGAUUUUGUUCUUUGGGACUUGUAGCAAAUGCCCUUUAUUCAGACAUCACUGAGCAUCUUGUUUGUACUUCCUUUGAAACUAACUUUGCAGCAAAGAGUUAGAGUAACAAAAGAUUUUCUUUUAUCAAAAUAUUGGGAAAACAGAAGUUUGUUGAUGACUCUGAAGGAAUGCUCUGCUCUAAACUGGAAUUCUCAACUUUUCAUCACUGGAGGUCAGGUGGAGGUUGUGAAAGGAAAGCCAAAGUAGGAAAGUUGCACCGGAUAUGUAAGUGAGCAGCUGUGCAUGGUCUUGAGAAUGACAUCAACCCAUGUUGCCUGAAAGUUAAGCCAGUAGUGCUGAUGAAUGGACUACACAUUGAGCAUUGUUGGAGAAAAGAAUCAUUUUUUACUUUGUUGAAUUUUAUGAUUCUGUUGGUACAUAGGAACAAGCAUUUUGAUGGAAAUGCUUAGGUCAUGGAACAGUGAUGGUGAAAUUGUGUUGUUAUCCGGGGAAGUCGUUUAGCCUUAUUCUCAGGUAUGGUGAACACCCACAAACAUCCUGUGUGGUAUGUUGCCUGCUGUAAUGUGUUGCUGCAUAGUCUGUGGUCCUUUACAAGGUAAAUAGUUGCUGAUAUAUUUUUUUUUAAUGUCUACUUUUAAUUUUAUUAUGAAACUAGGGAUGUUUACUGCCACAUGUCUACACCAAUCUCAAUCAACAGAAAAAAGAGAUCCUGGAAUCUGCAUUUCAAUUUAUGGAGUGUACAUGUCAAAAUUGUUCAUUAUGUGUGACCUAUAUAUUCUAACAUCUCUUUGCUAUUUUGUCAGUGACUCAGGUGAUCCCACAAAGUUUAGAUUGGUUUUGUCCGCUGACGCCUGAGCAUUCCAAGGAGAAUUUCAUACAUUGCUUCAACAAGGAAAACAAGAAGUGAAUAAGGGGAGGCAUAAUAUAAUAUUUGAAGAUGGGGAUGGGUAUUUGAAGAUGGGGAUGUGUACGCCACUCGCGUUGUGAAAUGACGAAUGUACCCUCUCCCUUCGACCCGGCCUCGGCACCGAUGAUGGCAUUCCUGUUAUUUUCUGUCUCUCUCAGGGACAGUUGCUCAUGCCGGCAUGGAGUCUAACAGGAUGCGCGAGAGGCCGUGUCGUCCUCAAAAGGCUACCACCGCCGCGUUCGAUCGCUCCCCCCGCCCCCCCCUUCGGCUGCUUCGUUGCCAAGACAGAGUGCAUUAGGAGCGCAAAAAGGAGGACGAGAGAGAGAGAUUGGAAUCAUUGCUCAGUCUGGUUCUUGUAGAUCGGUACACGAUGUCUCGCGAUCCCAAUCCAUUCGACGAAAUGGACGUGAACCCGUUCGCGACUUCAGCUGCUUCUGGAUCUAAUUCUCGCCUUCCUACACUGGCAUCAAAAGCCUUUGGAUUUGGUAACAAGAAUGACGCGACAGUGGACAUACCAUUGGACACAGUAAAUGAUGCAAAGAAAAGGGAGAAGGAACUCGCCACAUGGGAAGAGAACCUGAAAAGGAGGGAAAUGGACAUUAAACGAAGGGAGGAUGCAUUGACAAGAGCUGGUGUCACUAUUGAGGAAAAGAACUGGCCACCAUUUUUUCCUAUCAUUCAUCAUGAUAUAGCCAAGGAAAUUCCAGUGCAUGCUCAGAGGUUGCAAUACUUGGCAUUUGCUAGUUGGUUAGGAAUUCUCCUCUGUCUAUCAUGGAAUGUUAUUGCUGUGAUUGUUUGCUGGAUUAAAGGGGGAGGUGUGAAGAUCUUUUUCCUUGCAAUUAUCUAUGCUUUGCUUGGAUGUCCUCUUUCAUAUGUGCUUUGGUACAGACCUUUGUAUCGUGCAAUGAGGACUGAUAGUGCACUUAAGUUUGGGUGGUUUUUCCUAUUCUACCUGAUCCAUGUUGGUUUUUGUAUCCUUGCUGCCAUUGCUCCUCCGAUUGUGUUCCAUGGGAAGUCACUAACGGGAAUCCUUGCAGCAAUUGAUACCUUUUCAGAUCAUGCAUUGGUUGGGAUCUUCUACCUGGUUGGCUUUGGUUUGUUUUGCUUAGAGACACUAAUAAGCUUGUGGGUACUUCAGAGAGUUUAUAUGUACUUCAGAGGGCACGAGUGACGAUGCAAGGUUAGCCACUUUCCAGUGCGAAAGUUCCAGACAACGAAUAUGAUACAUGGACAGAGAAAUCUCUUCGACUCUUUUCCAUUACGGCGUAUUAUUAGGUGGUGUAUAAUAAUAUAUAUUGUGGAAUUUAUUGUUCUAGUUUUCACAGUUUCUUUCCUCUUGGGAGCCCAUCUUUCAUCGUACUUGAUAUUUUUCAGUAUUUUGUAUUAUUCAUGAUGUUAGUCUGUUAAAUAUGUUACAUCAUGUUAUUUCUGGGUCA